GGGCAGGCCCUGAGGCUGCGGGCGCCCUGGGCUGCCCGCGGAGCCGCGCCCGCAGCCUUGAGGGGCAGCCGCCAUGUCCCUGGGCACCGGGGAGCCGGCCUCGGAGACGGGAGAUGACAGUCUUUCUGCAAUUACCUUUGACUCUGACUUUGAGACGAAGACAAAAAGGAAAAGUGUCCACAAACCUCCACCCACAUCACCAAAGUCACCUUACUACUCUAAGCCUAGAAACGUGGCAUCCUGGAGGUCUCUCAGGACAGCGGGGAGCAUGCCUCUAACCAGUAGGAUGUCCCUGACCCCGCAGAAGCUAUGGCUCGGUACUUCAAAACAAGGAAGUUUGACUCAACCCCUGAAACCAGACCUGACCUGGGAGCAGGCAUGGACCAGCCCCCCCAGCUGCACCUCGGACUAUCUGACAGAAGCUCUGAGAAUGCGGAGGUCCAACCUCAGGCGCUCUGCCAGCAACGGUCAUGUCCCUGGGACCCCCGUCUACAGAGAGAAAGAAGAUAUGUAUGACGAGAUUAUCGAGUUGAAGAAGUCAUUACACAUGCAGAAAAGUGAUGUGGAUCUGAUGAGAACAAAGCUUCGGCGCUUAGAAGAGGAAAAUAGCAGGAAGGAUCGGCAGAUAGAACAGCUUUUGGACCCAACCAGAGGCUCGGAUUUCAUUCGGACUUUGGCAGAGAAAAGGCCUGAUACUGGCUGGGUGGUCAACGGGCUGAAGCAGCGGAUUCUCAAGUUGGAGCAGCAGUGCAAGGAGAAGGACAACACCAUCAACAAACUUCAGACUGACAUAAAGACCACGAACCUGGAAGAAAUGCGGAUAGCCAUGGAGACGUACUACGAGGAGAUUCACCGUCUCCAGACUCUCUUGGCAAGUUCUGAAGCUACAGGCAAGAAGCUCCCCAUGGAGAAGAAGGUGGGCCUCAAGCGGCAGAAGAAGGUGAGUAAUGUCCUCCUGAACCUGACACGGAGCGUGCAGGAGCUGACUGAGGAGAACCAGAGCCUGAAGGAGGACCUAGACCGGCUGCUCAGCAACUCCCCCACUGUCCCCAAGAUCAGGGGUUAUGUGGAGUGGAGCAAGCCCAGGCUGCUGAGGCGCAUCACGGAGCUGGAGAAGAAAAUAAGUUCACUGGAAAGCCCCAAUUCGCACUCAGCAGAACCAGUGAAAGCGAGCUCCGUGCCUCACUCCUCAUCCAGCUCCAUGGUGCACAGGCAGCCCCACGUGGACCACCAGGAGGAGUGUGAGCGCCUGCGAGGCGUCCUGAAGAGCCUGAAGGGCGAGCGGACUGCGCUGCACACGCAGCUUCUGGACAAGGAUUUGGAAGUGAAGCAGCUGCUCCGGACAAAGGCCGACUUAGAGAAGGAGCUGGAACACGUGAAGGAGAGUGAGAAGGAGAGAAGAGGGAGAGAGGAGACCUUGAGAGAGCAAGUUCAAACACUGACCGAGAAGCUUCAAGAGCUGGAAGAAGCAAAGAAAGAAGAGAAAGACGAUCUCAUGGAAAUAGCUCACGAGACCCAGGAGGACCUCCGGCCACCCACUGCAACCAGCGUCCGCUCCUGGCAGGACUCUGAGGACAACACCAGUGCAGCUCACUCACGGCCCCCCUCCGCCUGCUCCGCUGAGACAAGAGAAGACGAGCGGCGGGACGCGGCAGCCAGGGUCCUGCAGGCCCAGUGGAGGGCAUGUAGGCACAAGAAAAAAGAGGCUGUUCUAGAUGAGGCAGCCGUCGUACUUCAGGCAGCUUUCCGGGGACACCUUGUGCGGGCCCAGCUUCUGGCCAGAAGAGCCUGUGGUUCCCCACCUCCCAGCACGCCAAGUCCCCCGUUGCAGCCCCGGCCUCCUACCUCCUCUGUCAAAAGACAAGACGUACAUCAAGAACCUCUAGAGUUCAGAGCCCACCAUCAGCACCCUGCCACACCCAGCAGUCAGAGACGCAUCACCCCAGACAGUGCGGAGCUAGAGAAAGCCGUCACGCUGGUCCAGUCUGUCUUCCGGGCACACUUGGCGCGGACCAGGCCAGGUGCUCCUGGUCAAAGGACAGCCACCGAAGCUUCUGCUAAGAAGACAUCUGCGUCUACAGUGAACAGGGACGCCUCCUCCCCGCCCUCCCUCGCAGCCUCUCCUGUUCAGGAUGACAGCGAGGCCAGCACUGGGGAGACUGUGGAGGAGUCUGCAGCCGAGGAGGAGGCCCUGACGCCGGGGGAGCCCGCAGUAGUGGAGCCCAAGCUCUCUGGGUCCCAGCCUGAGGAGCCGCCCCCCGUGGACGAAGUGCAUUCGGAUGACUCUGAUGACGUCGUCAUCUCCCCGUCCCUGCCCGGGAAGAAGAGCUCUGCGUCCUAGGCCCUGACCGCCAUCCCUACACCACGGGGGCUCCUUUGGCGUAAGGUUAGGGCUGAAAGGACAAAGCACAUUCUAGAGAACAUAGUAACCAAAAUUGGAGAAAUAAUUUACCUUGUUAGAAAACAGCAAUACCUACUGAACACCUCUACCCCGGCUCUGGCACUGCUCCUUCAUGUGCGUGUUUGUUUGUUGGUUGGGGGAGUCCCAGAUGCCUUCGUUGCCUUCUUUGGGAAGCAGGUGGGGGUACCAUCUCCUCACCUGGGUCUGCAGUCAGGGUUGUGAGUUUUGUGCCAGACAGACACAGGUGCCCUAGAGGGGUGGUGGACAGGAGCCCUGCAGAGACGCAGGCCCAUCCAGCCUGUCAUGAGCUGCCGUGGACCCAGAUGCAUGGCAAGUCACCACCACUCGUCAUCCUUGACGUCACCUCCAGCAGCGUUUGCUCUGGUCUGGACGCAGUGGGUCAGACCUGAGUCCCCGUGCUGCACCUUUCAGGAGAGUCAGAUGAGGCUGGAUACCCAGGGGAGGGUGGCGUCCCCCUUAGCCCUACAGCGCAGCCACUACAGGCCACCCCUGGGGAAGGGUGGUGGCCCCCUCGGCCCCACAGGCCAUCGCAGCCCUGCAGAAGCUAGUGAGCCACUGAAAGGACCAGUGUCCUGAUGCUUCCUGCUUCCACCCCCACUGGGCACUACUCCCAGGGACCACUGCUCCUCAGGGAGGAGUUGGGGUGGAAUUCUUUCAGGGGUUAGAGUAAGACAAAAACACCACCAGGUUAAAACCACAGAAGCAGAUUUGGUUUUGAAAAAUGCAGCAGAAAGAGCUGCUUCCCACAGCCUGGUCGUGGGUGCUUUUACUGCGUGGUCACACCGAGGAGGGGAAGGGGCAGGGGGAGGGCUGAGGAGGCCGGCCUGGCCAUUCGACACAGAAGCCAAGUACUCGCAGCCGUGGUGACCAGUGUCCUGGCUUCCAGGGACAGUCCCCCCACCGUAGUGUCUGUGCCCCCUUGUGGGGUGCACAUUGCUGAAGAGGGGCCUGUCGAAUUCCCUCAGGGGCCAGCAGCUUGCUGUGCUUGGCAGAGAGUUCCUUCUGGAAACUCUCUGGCUUAGUCCUUGGUUUGUUCUUGAGUUUGGCCCUUACCGGUGGGUCACUGUGAGUGACCCCAGGCUUGGGUAGGAUUCCAGAGGGCAUUCAGACCCACAUACCCCCAAGUCUGGGGGAGUGAAUCUCUCCUACGGAAUCCACUUGGCCUGACGUGCCUUGGCUGGACCCCAGGACCCAAGAACUCCUCUGCCAGGUGGGCAGUCUAUCCAGUCUUAGGAGAGAUCUGAUAUUAGAAAGUUCUCCCUGAGACUGAGUGGACAGCUCUCCAAGAGUUUUGCCCACUGGCGAUAGUUUCAUCCCGGGUCCUACCCCCGCAAACAGGACACCCAGCCCCUCAUCAGCAUCCUGACAUUGAACCUGAGGGGCAGGGAGGGCAGGCCUAGGCCAGUCCUUUUUUGGAAACUCAAGGGGCCUCCUCCACAGUGUGGGAAGGCUUCUGACUGUACCAGCAGCAGGGCCUUGUUGGUGGGGGCAGGGAGACUUCUACUCCCUUCUCCCUGAUGGGAGUGUGGGGACCCCCCACCCCAGCCCUGCACACCGCGUAGCAUCAGGCAGGGCUCAGAAGGCACAGGUCACCACAGCCAUCUUCAGCCCUCUGCCAUCCCCACAUAAACACACCCAGUGCCAUCGAGUCGAUUCCGACUCGUAGCGACCCAGGCUCCAAUUUAUAACUGGCUAAAAAAUCCAGCCAGGGGCCUGGCUUGUCCAGUGUUUCUGUAUGUUUGUUCUGUGGUCUGCCAGAUCGGUUUUCAUUUUUCUUUCUCAUCACUGACCUGAAUGAUCACUCGCCCAGGGAAUUGAAGAGGGAGCAAGUGCUGCCCCUCCGCAGUCUCUUCCUCUGGCCCAGACCACCCAGCCCACCCUCCCAGUUUAGAGCCAAAGUCUGGUGGAGCCACUCUGUCCAGCAUAGCUCCAGGAGGACAGCAAAGGCCCAGCCACCAGCCUCACACUUUCCUUGGGGGGGCUUCAGUCCCGUGCUGUGGCCACCCCCCCCCUCCAUUUACAUACAGGCAUCUCUGCAGCUACUUUCUCACCCCGAGGUGCUUGUGGCCUCAGAAGGUCUGGGUUGUGAGCCUCAAGGGAGACUCAGUUGCCCUCAGGGAGCCAGGCAGGCUCUGUUCCAGGAGAGCGUGUAGAGAGAGUGUACUGGGCAACAGGAGCGUGGCUAGCACCUGGCCCAGCUGCAGGAUGCCCCAUCAUGGGCCCCAUUUCAUUCCCGACGCCCUGUUUCAAGGUCUUGGACCCAUUCCUGAUCUUCUGUCCCAGGCCUUGGUCCCUUCCUGAUGCUCCGUCACAGAGCUGGGUCCCUUCCUGAGUGGCAGACGGGGCCAUGUGUCCUUGUGCACUGUGACUUGCAGGCACCUGGACAACGGGCAGAUCUGAGGAGAAAACCAGGUCAGCCUGAGGGCUUUUUCCCCAAGAAAAGGCCCUGAAACCAUGAAUAUGUAGAUUUCUCCAUUAGAAGCGCCUAUGCAGUCUCGAGGUUACCUCAGAAAAUGAUGCCUCCACUGUGGGUCCUCACCUCGUCUUUGGAUGUCCUGGUGCUCCAUGUGGACCCCCUGCCAGCCGCUCUGGGGUUUCCCCAGGUAACCACCAUGGCUCUGUCUGACGAGAAAAUGCCGUGUCCCAUGAGGAGCGGUGGCAGGGUGGUCCUGGCACUAACUUUGAGUCCUGCAUCAGCUGCGCACAGGACCACUGGCAGAGGGAGCGGCCAGAGGAAACUCAGCUGGAGAGGAGGAUAGCUCUGCCCUCUUCCUCCCUCAGCGGCUCCAAGGAACAGGACUUCAGACCCUGUGCCCGCUCACAAGGGGCCCACCCCUCCCAGGAGCCCUCUGGAGCCACAGGCAGGGAAUGAGAAUGGGAGAAGAAUGGAGAGUCCAGGAGAAAGGGGUCUCACCCAGGCGAUCGGCGCCAGUGCAGGCCCAGGCAUGGACCCACCCAGGUGUGUGGAGGUCACAGCCACUUUGUGCUGGUUUCCAGGGCAACACCUCCGCAUCACCAUGAACUCAGAGCAGUGACCAAACUAGUGCUCUCAGAGGCAUGUGGGUAGUCCAGCUGCAAGGACACCUGUGACCAGCAGAGGGCAGAACUGGAGGCCUCUUCUCUGGCCUCAUGCCUGCGGAAGCCGCUGCCCCUGCCCUGACUGCUUCGUCACACAGAAACCCUGAGGUACAUGGAGACACAGACUGUCACUGGGACACCACGCCUGCUGGGCUACUGUUGGACCCUGUUCCCGUCACCAAGGCUGGGGAAGAGGGUGCCCCAGGUUCAGCCAGGGUGGACCACCUGUCAUUCUUGUGUAGUGCCAGGCAGUCACACACGUCUGAGCAGAGCCGUGGCCAUGGGGACCACCUGCUCACCUUCCUCCACCUGACGAGGGACUGAGGAGAAGGUGCGAGAAGGGGCAGGCACAGGAGGGGCUAGGCAGGCCACUCGCUCAGGGAACUAGAGAGGAGGCUGUGACGAGGCCACCAGGCAUCGUUAGGGUGGUGAGGGAGGUGGGCUAGCUUAGUAGCAUGCUGUUUUCAACAGACUAGGGAGUGUCUGCGUGGGGUGUGGUCCCAGAGAAAGGGUGGGCAUUGAAGGAGGCUCCCGUGGUUCCUGUGGGGGAUGGGAGCUGAGGGUCUGAGGAGCCUGUCCUGACUGGUUCACCCCUGUCCUCCCUGUGGCGAAGGGCACUGGUGUGCACCCCAUCCUCCCAGGUGACACUCAGCCCAGGCCUGGUGUGUGAGCAGAAAGGCGUAUUGGUGUAUUUCUGUUUGUCAGGCCUUCUUUUUUAAAUAAUUUUAUUUGUUGUUGUUGAGAAUAUACAGAGCAGAACAUACACCAAUUCAGCAAUUUCUGCAUGUACAAUUCAGUGGUACUGAUACCAUUCUUAGAGUUGUGCAACCAUUCUUGCCCUCCUUUUGGGCUGUUUGUUGGUUCAUCUUGGGCAGGAGGGCUCUCUAAGUGGGUAGACAGUCCCGGUGCCUGCUUUCUGCACUCUGUCUGACACACGUCUCUUCUGAGAAGGGGCGACGGCUGUGCUGCUGGCUCCUAGGCUGGACCACAGACCUCCUCCACAGAAGAUCCAUUAAUUUAGGAGAGGUAGGCCCCAUUGCUCCACCUGCCAGGGCUGGGCUCACUUUUGAAGAAAUAAAGAGACCUCCUAAAAGUUUAUGAGCGGCCAUCCAUGAUACAACGGUUGAUAUCUAUUCAUCUGAGACAGCUGAGGAAGGAGAUCCAGGCAUCAGAGAAGGAAAUGGGCCACAGGUCUAAUUGCCUCCAUGAACUAUUGCCUCCUUUUCCAUGAGAACUGGAUGGUGCCCGGCUACCAUGACUGAACAUUUUGAUCAAAGACCCAAUAGGUGCAUCUUGAUCAAAAGAGGAAAAUCAGGAACAGAAUCUCAAACUGGUAUGGAGACUGGGAUCUAAUUCUAAUUCCCAGAAAUAACCAUUAAACCUUAAACCAAAACUCCCAUGAAGCCAUCGUUGAACUAUUUAGCCCAGUUAAUGCUUGCCUUAAGCAUUACACUCUUAGAAAGAAGUUUCUGUAAGAAUUCAAACUUACAAUAGUUAACCUAAAACACAGAUGAGAACUUUAAGGGUCAGAGAGCCUAGAUUAAUGGUGAUGAAAUGAUAUGGGUAGAGAUAGUGAAAAUGGUGACAUAAUGUGAGGUAUGUAACCAGUGGCAGUGAAUUGCACAUGUAGAAAUGUUGUGGUUAUGUAUAUUCCACCAAAAAAAAAAAAAAAGACCCCUGUAGAAAGCCCAUAACCGUCACCAUCUGAGUGAGAACCCACUCACGGCAGACCCACCUUGCUCUGUGGAAGCGCUGUCUGCUCUCGUGGGGCCCCGCUGGCACAGAGUCUCUCUGAGAAGAAACAGAGCACUGGGUGUGUGCAGGACCAGCAAGUUCAAGGUUCCCACUGCCUGGCUGUCCGGGUCGGGCUGUUCCUGCCAGCGUCGUCCCUGUGUGGCACCCCCCUGGAAAGUGAAAGCAGGGAAGUCUGAACGCUGACCUGUAAAACCACGGGAGUGGCUCAAGAGAGGAAGGAGCGGGCCCCUGGUCCUGUGCGUUUUCUUUUAGAAUCCCGCGAACCUCACACAGACUGUCUGUGACCUUAUUGGAGGGAGGGAGUUUUCACUGUGCUGCUCAUUACUGGCCCUUGUAAAUAAAAGCCGUUCCACAGCAUCUGUCUCAUUGCCACCCAAAUAGCUCACUCUCAGUCACUCCAGGUACGUGACCCAGAGAGUCUGUGGAUCCGCUUCUGGGCUGCUGGCACCUGGCCACGGGCGCGGCUGGCUCGGGCACCAGAGCCUCAGGAGGGAAGGGGUCCCGUGUGCACGCUGGGUGUCUGGUGGCCCCUCGGUGUCUCACUGAGUUUCUCUCCCUUUGCAUGAAUGAGGUUGAGAGCGCUGAGAGACGAAACGCGCAUGUGUGAGGGGUCUUUCUCCAAAUCCUACUGAAUUUUUGUUCUAAGAACAGGGAGGGAACAGUUUACUUAGGCAUCAACCAACACAUAUGGCAGUGAUAAAAAAAACAAGCCCUUGAUUCUGGGGUUUUGCUUUCCAGUACUGAUGCUUCACUCCCAGAGGCUGCCUGCCCCAGACCUUCAAUGUUGGUGGGGUUUGCUGGAAGCCCUGCGAUCACUCAUGAGUUGACUGUGACGUUUCUGAGUCAGUCUCCGUAACCCGUCACCCCUGGGACCUGCAGGAAGUGGUUGACUCGGGGAAACUUCAUGCCUCGAGAGGGGUCCAAGGGUAGAGAGCAGGGGAAGUGAACCCUGUGGGCCACAGCCUGGACCGGAAAGGGAGGCAGCCUAGGGUGGAAGCGUUUCAGCUCCACCACAAUAAGAGAGCAGAGAGUUAAGGUGCAGCCACGGACCUCCACCCCAACAGACGGAGAGCCUGAAUUAUUGUAUCUUUACAUUUAAGAUAUCUGUAUCAUGCAUGCACACACAGAGGCAGGACCCUCUCCUGUUCCUGCCUCUGAUGUAAGCUGCUUUCAGGAAUUCGAGUAGAAGUAGGGCCCAGCCUGAUCCAGAAGGAUACCAUGGAAAAAGGCAUUAUAGCCAUGUGUCACUUAAUGUCCACGAUACAGUCUGAAAUAGUACCUUAUUCGAUUUGGAUGUUGUGGGAACACCAUAUUAUAUACAGUCAGUCCCUGGGUUGCCCAGCCCCACCCGCUGCUCCACCCACCUGAAGAGCAGGAGUGGCCUGGCCCGGCAGCCCCCGCUGCCACCUACCCACCAGACAAAGCCUGAAAGCUGUAUCCACUGGAUACAGGAGGUGGCCUUGCCUGGUGUGCGGCUUCUGGCUGGGCGGGGGCUGUACUGGCAGCUGGAUGGGGACUUUGCGCACAUCUGGGCACAAGGGGGAGAUGUGGCCUCAGGGA